CCAACCGGGGCCCGAAACGAAACCCUUCACCAUCGUCCAAUGCUCCCUCCGGUUAUUCCGUUCGGAAAACCGACCUUCUGGUGCCAGUAUCCAAUCCAUCGUCGAAAUUAUCUGAAGGUGUAGUAACAAUAGUCUGCAAAGAUAAWAAACCAAUAUGACGUAUCGCGCUCGAGGUAGAUCACUGAUAGAAGUCGUUCUGGUAAGACUGUUGUUUGCGGAUUUUUUUUGAUGCGUAACACACGCCUAUGCACCGUGGUCGUUCUUCGUUGUGCUGGGUUCGGUUGCGUUCCAUCGGUCGUGGUCACGGCCGUGUCUAAUGAAUACUUCGCUCUUUAUUUGCUCUCCGAAUAAUUCACCACACAACAGGCAGUAUGUUUUGUGGUAUUCCUAGUGGGUUUCAUAACCGUUCUAUGCAUUGGUAAUUACUUCCGAGCGAAACGAGCGCAGGAACGACAGAGGCAGCGGCGCCUUGCGAAGCUUGCGGCGUCAAACAAUGCAGCGGCGGCUCAGGGAAUGUAUGCAACGGAUGCCAAUUAUUCAGCAUCGUACGAAGCCCCGGCACACGUGGCGGGAGGUGGUGGUGUUCAGGCAUAAGGCAAUGCAAACUUAACGGCCUAUCUUUCAAACAAACAAUAGGAGCGAGCAGGACUUGAACCAUUUCGUCGUUGCCGUCAGUAUUCUGUUUCUCUGAAUAGACAGAGAAACCAAUUGCAAUCCGGGGAUCGCGAUUCUACAUAGUAAUUCGGCAACUUUUCGUAAGACGGAAAGAAUGUUCUCCCUACUCCAUACACAAUAAUGUAUAUUAGUUCUG